UCACUAGUAUGAGGAAGUGCAGCUUGCCAUUGGCCAAUGGGAGACAUGUCAGUCAACAUAGACUAUAAAACAAGGGAGAAAGAGGAAGAAGGGGAGUUCAGGUGCAGCGAUUUGGACGUCCCUCUUCUGACAAAGGAGACCUUCAAGGAUGUUGUCAAAAAAUACCUGUCCAAAAUCACAUUUGACCAGUGGUCGCUGUUGUCAACAGGCAAGAUGGACCAGGCCACGGAGGCAGUGUUGGAUCAGCUUGAUCGUAAAGUGGUGGAGAUGGUGAGCACUGCCAUCCUGGACGUCGUUGAGCCUCAGGUUUAUGAAUGGAGCCGCAACAAGAGAGCCAUGGCCGGUGAAAAGGCCUGUGGCUACGACACAUGGAAGGAGCUAAAGGCGUUGCCCACAGAGAGCAACUACACCACGGUGACGGUAGAAGAUGUGGAGGCUUGCAUCGGCGAUGCCCUGAACCACUCUCUCUCUGAGGCCGUCGGUGUUCAGGAGUGCUUGAACAACAGUGAGAGCACCAAACAGCUGCGCAAACUGAUCGGUGUGGAAGUGACCAAGAGGGUGAACCUGUCUCUGGAUUUGAUGAAGAUGGGUUCGUCUUUGGAGCAGUCCAAAAUGGUGGUGAGGUGUAAAGUGGCGGGUCUUGACACCAAGAAGAUGGUGGCCUGUACAGCCCAGACCUUGAGCAGUUACACUAAAAAGUCUUCCCACGCCACAGAUGAGGAGGAGAAAUCCUGCUCCUCAGACUUUUUUGAGACCAUUUCAAAAGACAGCAGCACUGAUCUGUCAGGGUCUCAGGAGGAAACCUCCAAGGAAUUCCAGAAAAAACAACAAACCUUUCUAACCAUGUUCCUCGGAAAGCUAUUGGACCAUGUCGCUCAAUCCAGCGAGAGUUUUUCAGUGGCUGAUGUAAACUUUGAUGAAAUUUUGGAGAACUUGAGCGAAAUAAUUGAGGGAGAGCAAAAUUUUAUCCCACCCCAGACUGUUGGAAACCUCCACGUGAACAUAUUCACGAACCUCUGCCAAACGUUUGGUUCUGCAAAGAAGCUGCAAGACACUAUUACAGCCAGAGACAUGACCUUUGAGGAGGAGGUUGCCCGUGAACUGAUGCAUGUUAUGCUGCAGAACUCCAAAACUAAUUCCAAAGUCAGUGGCAAAAGCAGGAACACAGCAGACAAGGAGUUGGACAGCAAAGUCCUUUCAAUGGAUAUCGCCAGACGCCCUCUGACAAAAAAGAAAUACAGCAUGAUGAGGAAGCUGUUGACGUGUUGCACUAUCACUGGAAGCAAGGUCAUUGAUCCACAUGUUAAGCAACAAUUUCACAACACAGAUGUUCUGUCAUGACAGAGGCUGCCGGCAUUAUAAUAUUCACAACCAUGUAAAUGAUGAUUUUCCUGCCUUUUAUUUUGACGAUGAACAUUGUGAAUACAUUUUGAUGAUCUCUAUCACUGUUGCACUAAAUAACAAUGUGCAUAUGUGUUUUCAAGGAACCUGUAAAGCUUUUAAUCCUUGUGUCUGAAGGUUUUUCAAAAACAUGAG